AUGCCAAGACCUGGAAAAAAUUCUUACGAUGAUCAGAAGCCUCCAUAUUCGUAUAUUUGGUUAACAUAUAUGGCUAUACAGAAUUCAGAAGAAAAGAUGCUCCCGUUGACUGAAAUUUACAAAUAUAUUAUGGAUAAAUUUCCAUUUUAUCGUAAAAAUACACAACGAUGGCAAAAUUCGCUCAGACAUAAUUUAUCAUUCAAUGAUUGUUUUGUUAAGAUACCACGACGACCAGAUAGGCCUGGUAAAGGAUCUUAUUGGGCAGUUCAUCCAAACGCUCUAGGAAUGUUUGAAAAUGGCAGCUGUUUGAGACGAAGGAAAAGGUUUAAGAUCCAAACAUAUGGUACUAGCGAAGAUUUGCAACAUCCACCACCGAAACGAACCUAUUAUCAGCCACCAUGUUCAUCAUUUCAAUGGCUAUUGCCCACUCAUUUACCAUCAUCGAUAACAGCUGGUACUUUCAUGGAUCCACAACAACUAUUCCUUACAACUCAUAGUCUCUUUUUAUUUCCUUCUUUAGCUCAAUCAUCAGCUGAUUUAUCUACCAUUAUCACACCAAAACCGAUGUGUAAUUCGUCGUUUACCAUUGAUUCAAUAUUAUCAUCACCAACUUGA